GAUUGAAGAUUUUGGUUCUCGUCUCUCGAAAAUUGCAAUGAGUUAGCAACAAAGAUAAUUUUUAAUUUGAAAAGUGUCUAUCAGGGGAUCCGCGUGUUCCCUGAUUCUAUAAAAUGUUAACGAAAAGUGAUUUUCGCACAGGACAAUGGUCAAUAUUAUACGAAGCACAAAAGAAUUCGCCCUAUCAACUGGACUCAACUCUCUCUGAGCGAGAAUCUCUCCGUAACACUUCAAGUGUUUUUUUUUUCUUUUUAAUGAAUUCUUGUCAGACAUCGAAAGGCAAUGCAACAGUGCGUUUGAAAAUUCUAUUGUGUUGUGAAAAAAAAAUCUAUUGUUUGUGUCGAGACUAGAAAUAAAAUCACAGAUAACUUCCAGGUAACUUCGAGGUGACAACGCGAACGGUCUUAUUGAAAAAUCCCCAUCAAGACUGAGUCGAAGACUGAGUGAGUCAAUUUCAAAAAACUUCUAAAAUGGAAGGUGAUAAGGCGAACGGUCUUAUUGAACAACCCUUAUCAAGACUGAACGAUUCAAAUCAACGGACUGAAACUAUACGUACUUCAUUAACACCACUAAUUGCAAUUUUUGCCGCAAUGUGUACGGGACUUGGUACAGGCAGUGUUCUAGGUUCGAGCUCAUCAGCUCAAGAUAAGGAACAACGGUCCUGGGUUGUAUCCACAGUUCCAAUAGGAGCUAUUGUGGGUAGUCUAACGAUUGGAAUUAUAAUUGCAAGAUUCGGUAGAAAAAUGGCGAUGUUUGCAACAUCAGUACCAUCAAUCGUAGGAUGGAUACUCGUCUGUUUCUAUAAUGACGUUGGUAUGGUAAUAGUUGGCCGAAUAUUGUUGGGAAUAUCGAUCGGUUUUGUUUAUGUGGUAGUUGCGAUCUACAUUUCGGAAAUAUCAGUUAAGGAAACAAUAGGGAAGUCUGGAAUUUUCUUUUAUUUGAUGUGCACAACUGGAAUAGUAUUCGCAAAUGCCUUUGGACACUAUCUUGCAUAUAAUAUUAUUUGCGUAUUUAUGCCAAUUGGAUCUGUUGUGGCGCUCAUAUAUAUGCCCGAAUCGUCCACAUAUUUAGUAAACCGAUAUGAUACAGAGAUUAAUAACAGGACGCCGAUUUGGUCACGCAUUAAACAACUUUUUGAGUUGAAAGUAUUCACUGUAAUUGGUGGACUGAUGUUCUUCCAGCAAAUGAGUGGCAUCAAUGCCGUCAUUUUCUACACUGAAUUCAUUGUAAAUUCCGCUCAUGGCAACAUCAAUAUCGAUGCAGUGAUCAUUAGCAUCGUUCACGUUAUUGUAACAUUUGCUGCUUCAUUGGUUGUUGACAAAUGUGGACACCGCUUUCUGCUCGCCACAUCGAUCGCAAUUAUGGCGCUGUGCCAAUUACUACUGUGCGUUUACUUUUCGCUGUACAUUCCGAAUUCAAUGCAUUCCCUCACCAAUUGGGCAUGGAGUCCAUUGGCUAUUUUCUGUUUGUACAUCGCAGCAUAUUCGUUGGGACUCGGCCCCAUUCCAUGGUUAAUGGUGGUUAAAUUGUUCCCUGCCGAUAUGAAAGUAAUCGGUGUUUCGGCAGCGGUUGCAUUUAAUUGGCUCAUUGCAUUUGCCGUAGUCAAAAUGUUUGUCCCCAUUGGCAUUGGAAUAUCGUUUCUCAUUUCGUGCAUAUUUUCCGUACUGGGCUUUGUGUUUAUCUUAAUUAUGGUACCGAAAUCAGAGACCAAAGGGAACUCUCGAAGGGCCGAAGAAAGGACAAUGCCGAAAGAAAUUUCAUCAACAACUGAGCGAGGAAGACUAAAUUAUGGUUAAUUUUGUAAAUUCUUUAGAAUUUAAGAGUCAAUUUGCCAAAAUUUCGACCAAGUUGUACGAACCAGGAAAACAAGCCAUCGGCGAUUUUUGGAGGGUACACAGUAAUUGCAUCAGGGGACCCUCCUGAGUCAUUUGCAACUAAAAAAAAUCCUCGAAGUAAUUAUGUUUUCACGCCAGAAAUCAUGAAAAAUUGUACUGAGCGAGGGUGACCAAAAUAGUUUUUGUUGCAUAUCACCAACAAUGUGAAACGCAUUUAUCUCAAGGGGGUAAUCACUAGUAAAUCAGUAAAUCAAGUAAAUCACGGUAAAUCACAAAAAA